GUCCCCGCUCCGGCCUUUGCGCAACGCGCCCUCCUCAGACGCAGCCGGCGCCCGGUGUCCCAGGAGUGUCCCCAAGGUGUCCCGGAGCUGUCCCGGGCCAGCCCCGUGCCUGGGCACAGCCGUGCAUGGAGGGCCCCACAGCAGCACAGCAAGGAUGUCCGAGCCCCCCCCCAGCAAGGAGGCUGCCCCGGCCGAGUGCCCCGUGUGCUACGAGAGGUUCCAGCCCCUGGAGGCCACGCACCGCCGGCUCAGCUGCGGCCACACCUUCUGCCACGACUGCCUGGUGAAGUGCCUGCUGUCGGCCAAGCUGGGCGGCCACGUCCAGAGCAGCAUCGUGUGCCCCGUGUGCCGCUUCGUCACCUUCCUCAGCAGGAAGAAGGUUCUGUGGCUGCCCAGGGCCACCGACCCCCGAGUGCUGCAGGUGUCCUUGUCCCCAUCCUCCCUGUCCCAGCUGGCCAGGACCGAGCCCCCCAACACGCUGGUGGUCCCCAGCCACUUCGUGCUGCCGGAGCAGAGCCUGGGCCGGGUUCCCCCCGGGGCAGGGCUGGCACGGGAGGCUCACAUCUUUGUCAUCAGCGAUCACGGCGUGCCGCUGCUGGCCGCCCAGCGCUGCGGCUCGGGGCUGCCCGGCGGCGCCGGCGGGGACGCGGCCAGCUCGGGCUCGGUGGCGGGGUCGGGCUCGGGCUCGUCCAGCCCCGCGCUGGGGCUGCAGUGCUGCCAGUCCCCCAUGGCCCUGGCCGUGAUGCUGGUGCUGACCGUGGCCAUGCUGGCCGCCGUGCUGCCCUGGCUGCUGCUCGUCAGGAGGGACUUGUAG